GAAAAAGGCGGAAUUAGCGUCGUAUUAAAGAGCUUCAGACAGUCAAUAACCUUCGGCUUAAUACAAGUCGCAUGGUAUUUGUGCUUACAGACUUACGAAAAUACUGGAUUAUUUUUCAAGCAGAGCAAGUAGAUAUGGUUUGUUCGUGAUUUCAUCUCCUAUAGAAAUUACAAGCGUAACAGAUUAAGACGAGUUACUGUCAGUGCCAGGCAUAUAUAGGUGAUGCACCUAAUAUUGGUCUAAAACAGUUGGUAUCCCCCUCCCGCAGUUCGUUGUUUUGUAUAAAGCUGUGAUAUAUUCCAUUGUCGGCGUGUUGGUUUCAAUGUACAGUUUUUACGAUGUGAUGCAUUGUUGUUUAAGGUAUAUUUUAUAUAAGAUAGAAAUGCAUUGCUUUUAUCCCGUUUUGCAUUUGGCGUUUCAAACGGCACAUAAAUGCUAAGAUGUCACUUUCAUAUCAACCGUCUCCAGCAGCAACGAUGCCAACGACUCCGUCCACGCUUGGGUAUAACGCGACUAAUAUAUUACUUGGAGUGACAGCGGCAGAAAGCCAGCGCCAGGAAACAGCGCAAAUGGUUUUGCUAAUAUGCAUUUUGGCGGGCGCUUGUAGCUUGUUAACGAUCGUCGGCAACGUGGUCGUCAUCGUUUCGUUUUUCAUCAACAAAAGUUUGCGAAACUUCAGCAACUACUUGAUCCUAAGCCUCGCUAUAAGCGACCUUACUAUUGGCGCUUUUUCCAUGAACGUGUACACUUCAUAUAACGUUAAAAACGAAUGGAUACUUGGCGAAGUUAUGUGCAAAGCUUGGUUGGCUGUUGACUACACUGCUAGCAAUGCGUCCGUGAUGAACCUGCUGGUAAUUUGUGUUGAUAGGUACCUUGCGAUUACAAAGCCAGUAAAGUACAGGAAAUGGUGCACCCCACAGCGAGCCGCCAUCGCAAUUGCUGGUGUGUGGAUCCUGUCCUUCCUAAUGUGGUGCCCAGCCAUAGUUCUGUGGGACCUGUUUUCCACCGAUACGAAGAUGCCAACGAAUGAUUGUUACAUUCCGUUUAUGAAGGACAACGCAUGGGUUACAGUAGCAACCAUAGUCGGUGCAUUCUAUAUUCCAGCAACUGCAAUGUGCGCGUUGUAUUACCAAGUGAUCAGCAAACUCCGCAAGCGAAGACUUGGGUUAAGGUCAUUAGCGAUCAAGGACACGCUAACGAUGGCUGUACCACUUCCUGUCAAUACCAACAACAUAUCGAGAUCGGACGAAAAGAAAUCGUUUUCUUCCAAUUCGCCGAGCGCUGUUGAUGGACAAGACAAAUGUGACCAACAUAAUAAACAAGUUGUCUCACCCCGGGACAGUAGGGACAACCCGUCAGCCGCAGCGACCCUCGCUAACACAACGACUUCUCUAUUAAUGGCAACCACUGUGGAAAAUGACUUGAAACAUUCUGACACAGCUGAAACGAACAGCACCCUCCCGCAUGAAGCUACAAUGCCACUUGUAACCAGACGUUCAGCGAGCAUCGCGAAGGCGAAUUCAUUUUCGUCCAUAAUUCGUAAAAACUCGGGUAGUAAAUGCUUCUACCGUGAGCCACAGCGGGUGGUAAGAGAACGAAGAGUGACGGUGCUUCUAAAGUUUAUCCUCACGUGUUUUAUUGUGCUGUGGUUACCUUACAGUUUGAUUAUUCUUGUGACAAGCUUCUGGCCAUCGUGUAUGGUUCCUAUUUACAUUUGGAAUCUCAGUUACUGGCUUUGUUAUUUGAAUAGCACGGUGAACCCAUUUUGUUACGGAUUCUGCAACGAGAAUUUUCGCCAAACUUUCAAAGUUAUUAUAACGACAAAAUGGUGGAGAAAGGAAGUGCGAAAAAGUUUACGAUUAAGUCGUCGUACAAGUAAUGCACCAUACAGGUUCUCAACUAUGCUACAUAAAAAGCGAGAGGACCUCCCGCGAGCAAAAAUGCGGGAGCGUUUUAAAUCCACGUAAAACCAUGUACAUUAUUUCACUUGAGCUGUUUUACUCCAUUGUCACAUAUGUCUUUACUCCAUCAUGUUCGUCUACCAUACACCGUGUUAUAAAAUACCAAGUCGUCGCA